UGUCUUAUCUUUUUAUUUUUUGUAAUUCAGCUUGUCUUUUCCUUUAAUUUCGCAACAUAAGUUCACUAUGAACUGCCGCAUACUCUUUCUACGGUCCAAAACCUUGGCCAGGGCAUCUCGUCCGCGCACCACGGCUGCCGCGGCCAUACACACCAGCAGCGCACAGUCGAAGCUCUUUGCCGAGCAUCUCAAGCAGCUGAUCCAGUCGGAUCCGCAGACAGAACCAAAGCCAGAGGCAGCUGCACAGCCAGGAACAAAAUCAAAAAUGACUAUCAGUCAGCGGCAGGGCGGUGUCACUCGCGGGCCCGGCAUGCACUUGUACGUACCCAUCAAGGCGCGGAACGUCGAGAAGGCGUGGGAGAUUUGGUCCACACAGCUGUGCACGAGCGAAUCUGGCGCUGCAUUGAAAGAGCUGGUUGAUCUUGUGGUUCUACUUGUGCACACGUCGGAGGUGCCGCAGACCGCCGGUCUGUUCGGCAACGAUAACGCGGAUGCUUCUAGCAUUGUUGAUCAACGGCGCAGGUCGGCUGGAUUCAGAAUAGCGACAAUUCUGCGCCGUAUAUUUGCCAACAGCGUAGGUUCUGAGGGCGAUGUUUCUGCGUGGGGGCUGCUGGAGGCGGCAGAGUACGAAGGCAUUCUAGGGCUCCUUGUGGUUGGCCAGGGCCCUGACGCGGUGGUUUCAGGAAAUUCGGCUUGCGCGCAGCCAGAGGAUAUUGAGGACGCGCCGGUUGGCCGCCUGGCGCAUCUUGUUUUGCUCGCGGCGAUUCGGGACGGCUUGCAAAUCACACCGGCUAUGGCCAGCUUGGCACUACAGACGGCAAUAUUUACAAAAGAUACGGCGGCGGCGCGCGACAUCCUGCAGCUGUUUAACGCGGACCUGGCUAUGCUUAUUGACCCCACACUGGCAAACAACAGCAGAGGACAGUCGCAGAUCGGCCACACCAUAGCUGAUGCACCACAGUCGAUUGUCGAGAUGGUGCUGGAGGCCAUCAGUGUUGGCCAAAAUCCGGCUGAAGUUGACUUGCACGCGACUGCAUCGCAGGAAGAGGCCGACGGGCAGCUUGACGAUCUGAGCUCUCUCAACAAGGAAGCUCCUUUUGAGGAUGCAGCGCUGGCGGCUGUUUGUCAAUGGCGCGUCGACACAGCCGAGCGCGUGUACCGAGCGUUUGUGUCGGCGGGCAUGGCUGAAGUCUCAGCUCCCGAUGGUUCAAAGCGGCCGGCGCUGCAGGGAUCUGAUAUGCCGUCGGCGCAUAUGCUGGCUACGCUGCUGCGCAUCCACAGCGAGGCAGGCAGUAUCGACCAUUCCAUCAUUCUCUACGACACGCUGGUGGCAACUCUCGAACAGCAGAAACCUGUUGAGGGCUUGGAGCCCGCUUCUGGCUGUGAGGAGAUCACGUCGGAGCACAAGGCCGACGCGCGUCUGUGGACAUGCGUUUUGGACGCUGUCUGCGAGACACAGCAGUUAUGGCUGGCCACGCGCGUGCUGGGCGACAUGGCAGCCGAUGGCUGGGCGCCAACAGAGAGCAUGUACACGCGGUGCCUUGACACUAUGGAGGACACGAGUGACGAGGCGCUGGUUUUGGCUGUGGCGGCCAUUCGCGCAGCCACUCCCACCGUCAGCGCCGACUCCCUUGUGCGCGCGCUUGUUCGUCCGAACUCGCCAAAUAUGGCGGCGCGCAUUGAGCAGGCGCUUUUGGUUUCGGAGCUGCCGACGACGGAUGCUGAAGACAAAUCCGUAGUUUCCGACGACACAGCGCGCGCAAUCGUUGCGGCGCUGAUCUCUAACGCGCAGAUCGCGCGUGCGCGCCAUCUGGGCGAGAUCUGGACCACGACCCGGCCGGACCUGAUCACCAGCCAGAGCAUUACCGACCUGGUGCUAGCGCUAGGGCAGUCGGGCGAUUACACGCAGGCGCUGGAGCUGUUUGCGCGGGUGCAGGAGGCUGCGGCCGAGGAUAUUUCAGCGGACAUUCUGGGUGCUGUACUCCGUGUCUACGUGCUCGCUGGCGACUACGACGAGGCCGUGUCGGUGAGCAAGCGCAUCCGCGCCAUGGUGCGCGAACCUACUGUGCCGCAGCAGGCCAAGCCCACCCAUGUCGUAUACAACAGCAUGAUCCGUGCGUACUGCGAGGCCAAUCAGAUCACUGAGGCCAUGCGCGUGCUCGAGGAGAUGCGCGGCUGCGGGCUGCACGCCACUUCCGAGACGUACACCAUUUUGGUGCAGACCAUGAGUUCCCUGCGGAGCUACGAUGGGCUGAAGCUGAUUGUUGCGCUGGCUGACGUCGACUACAAUAUGGUUCCGCUGGACAAUACCUCGCCAGAGAUGGCUUCGGCGCUUCCCCUGUCCACAGACUACUACAAUGGGCUGAUCGAGGCGUACGGCCGCGUUGCCGAGCCCAUCAAGGCAUUUCAGGUCUGGGAACUGAUGCGGCAGCGUGCUGUCGCGCCGAACAACCUCACAGCUACGCUGCUCAUCGACACGUGUGCCUGGAACGAGCGCGUGCACUGGGAUGAGGACAUGGAGCCUGACGCGCCCUUUGUCGAGCGCAAUGUGCCCGAAGACCAGGUCUAUACGGGCAUGCCAUUCUUCCACAUGCAUUACCUGGCCAACGCUCUGGAGCAGCUGCAGCAGGCUGGCCUAGUUUUUUCGCUGGCCAACCACCGCCAUCUGCUGGAGGCCCUGGUCAGGGCUGGCUUUUUGGAGGAUGCAAUGGAUAUGCUUCUGGGCGAGCACGAGGACCCUGCAACAAGGGAGGGGUGUAUGGUUGACGCUCGUGAGCUGCUCAAGCCAACAGGCGAGGUGUUUUUUGCCGGCCUGUUCUCGCUGAUCAAGCAAGCCAAGGGCGAAGAGGAUGAUGGCAAGAGAGGCAUGGCCACUUUUAUGGACGACUUUUCAUUGCGCAUUCCGCUUUGCCGGAGCACUGUAGACACCAUGUAUGGAACGAUUGCAGCUGUGCGCUCCCAGUGCUUGCUCGGCGACAAUAUUGAGCCAGCUGACAUGCCGUUUGUCCAGCGGGCGUCGCCGAACCUGCUCAAGCGUUUGGAUCUGCACGAGCAGCGGUUGACCGAGUUUUUGAGGACACAGCAGCCCGAGCUUUUGCCUGCAAGCCAAAGCUAGAAAUAGAAUAUUGACAAUACAUCACGCAUGUAUUGCUUUUGCUCGCUUUUAUCUUCCAUUUUGUCGGCUUGUUAUAAUUGAAUUUUUCAUAAAUAUAUUUAUUC